UUAUAUACAUAGUACAUCCUCUGAGUUUCGCCCGCACAGCCCACACAUGCCCACAUGCCCUGGGCUGACUCUCGGUGUCUGAUUGUGUGCGGAGGAGAUCGAACGCGAGAGCGAUCCAACGGUUUCAAGAGACCUUUCGAUCUAUAUAAAUACGGGACCGGCGACGCACACAAACCCUAAUUCCAGAACCAUCCCCUCCGACCUAGGCUAUGGCUUUCAUCGUGUCCAAGCUCGCGCGGGCAGCCCUCGCAUCCCGCCCCGUUGGAGAUAUUGCUGGUGGCAUCUCCCCGUGUCUCUCCCGGCUCUAUCUGGCGGCUAGUACCAGCCGUCGCAUGUUUGCAGCUGCAGGCGGUCCCAAGUCAAAAGAAGCACCCCGAAUAUUUCCCCUUGUUGUUCCAUUAAGUCGAAGGAAUCCCUAUGGGCCUUGUAUGAAUGCUGGUGCAAGUAUUGGGGGGUAUCCCGUGACCGUGAAGAGAUGGUCCGCCGGUUCAAGUCAUUUGAGGCUACUGCACAGUGGGUUUACAAAAUGAACAACUCUGGGUGUUCGCAAGUGUCUCAACUGGGCCCGCAUGCAGAUAUGUCAGAGAGUGAGUUUGAUCAGGUGUUUCCUCCACUUGAGGAUGAUGAUGAAGACAUAAAAGAGAUGGUGCCAGGUGAAGAUUUGGGCCAGGAGCUUGAGGAGCCCUUAAAUAAUUAAUUUGAGAAAUUAUGAACUUGUCUUACUCCAUCCGUUCCCAAAUAUAAGUCUUUCUAGAGAUUCAACAAGUGACUACAUAUGGAGCAAAAUGAGUGAAUCUGCACUCUAAAAUAUAUCUACAUGCAUACGCAUGUUGUAGUCCAUUUGAAAUGGGUAAACGUUUGGAGCCGGGGCACUGGCGGAACGCUCGGUCGGUCGCGCGCACAGCGUUGAAUUGUCUCGCGACGAACGCUCCAGUUUACACCACGUCAUCAAGUCAGCCAGCGCACACACACGUGAACAUGGUGGGACCAUGCACCGCUCGUGAGCAACCUUAUCCCCUCCGAUUUCUUUCUCGUUCUCUCCUUUCUCUUCCAGAGUAUGCCUGGGCAGGCCCUUUCCUUCCCCUGCUCCAGAUCAGGGAGCGGCCAUGGCCGGCUCCUACCCCCGCAAAGGCAAAUCGCGGGGGAGGGCCACCACGCGCCAUGUCCUUCCACCCACGUGAGAGGAAACCAUGGCAGGGUGCUCCAUGCUCGCGCAGAUCUUACGAGGAAGGAGGAGACGAUGGAGCGGGGGAGCUGUAGGUGUCGUGCACCGACGGUGCUGCGACAGGGGAAGGGUACACACGCCGGUGAUGGCGUACCCCCACGCGCAACUGGCGAGUGGUGGAGCUGGUCCCUGGCUACGGUGGAGUUGCAAGCGGCAAGGGGCAAAGCUGCAACCGGCAAGCGGCGGAGCUGGAACCGGCCUGAGAAGGAGCUGGAAACAUUGAUUUUUUUGCUGGAAGGUAAACGAUGACCGCAAAAGAAUUUGAGGAGCUUGCCCUCAAUGGCCACAACUACCCUACAUGGGCCAUGGACGUCAAGAUCAGCCUUGCUUCCCGUGGGAUAGCACGUGCAAUCCAGGAUCCGGAGACUCCUCUACCGGCCGGAACCACGCCGCUGACUGAACAACAAAACUAUGCAACUUUAUACAUUAUAAGGCACCAUAUUCACCCAGAUCUAAAGUCUGAGUACUUAGAGGAGGAAUCUCCCAGUACUUUGUUUCUAGCCCUCAAAACGAGAUAUGAACAACAGAAGGCAGUUGUCCUGCCAGAAGCGCUCCAUGAUUGGACUCACCUUCGUCUUCAGGAUUUCAAGUCCAUCGGUGAGUACAACCACAAGGUUCAUAAGAUAAGUUCCAAACUACGCUUUUGCGGGAAGGAACCUACUGAUGCGGAGAAAAUAGAGAAAACUUUAUCUACUAUGCUCCCUUCAGACAGGAUCCUCCAGCAGCAAUACCGUGCUCGCAACUAUACUGUCUAUUCCGAGCUUAUUUAUAUGUUACUUCAGGCUGAAAAGCAUGAUGAGCUACUCGCUAAGAAUGGCUCUCAACGCCCAGUUGGGGCACAACCUCUACCCGAAGUUCAUAUGAAUGUCGCGAAUAGACAGAAGUUUGAUGGUGCCUUUAGGGGCAAUCAAUCAAAUUUCCAGAACAAGCGAAAGCGCAUUAGGAAUAGGAGGUCUAGGAACUCAGACAAGGGAAAAGGCACUGCAAAGCCCAAGCAUGAUAAAUCUCUGCUUUGCAACAAGUGUGGAUGCUACACGCACCCCACCGACAAGUGCAAGAUCCCAAAACAUCUGGUUAUGUUGUACCAGCAAUCUCAGGGACGCAAAGCACCUCAAGGGAAGAGGUUUGAAGCCAACUUCAACCUUCAUCCGGACAGCGCCAAUGGAGCCGGUAGUUCGCAUGACGUUCCUCCUGAACCGAGCAACACCAUUGAGUUCCAUCAGCCAGAGGACCUUGCUGACACGAAGAACAUGAUGAUUGAGUAUACCUCAAACGACACGUUUGGAGACUUCGACUAGUCCCACAAUCACCUUAGUGAUCUAU